ACUUUCAAUUCCCACCAAAUCAAUGGAUUCACCUCCGCCCUACACCACCGGCCACCGAUCAAACCCUCCAUCCCAAACCAAAUCUGCAUCACGUCUCGCUCGAACCACCGCCCAAGAACCACCGCCAGUUCUCUCUCUUGAUUUAGUCUCUUACUCCCCCAACUCUCCAAAACCCCAAAACCUCCACGACCUCCUCCUCCUCUCUCCUUCCCCUGCAAAGAGAUCCAAAACCCGUCUUGACGUCGCCGAAGAAAUCUCCGACCAACAGGGAUCUCGCCGACGGUGCAAGAACCGUUUUGCCAAUGUGGGUUCACCCAGAACCACCAGAAGAUCGAGAAGGCGAGUGGAGCAAGAGAUUCGAGAAGAUAAAGAUAAAUAUCUGAUUUGUGUUGAUGAUUUGGUUGUUGCCAACAAUAAGGUCAAGAAAAGGAGACAUAGUGGUAGAUCAAAGAAGGAUAAAUCGAUUUCGAUUCCAUCCCCAAAAGGAAACAACGAUGAUUAUGGGUAUGAUUUCGAUCAAAUUGGAUUAAUGGUAAACGACCUGAUAAUGUGGAAUGAUGUAGCAAAAUCAUCACUUUGGUUCGGGUUCGGAUCACUUUGUUUCCUAUCUUCCUGUUUCGCAACUGGUAUUAGCUUUAGCAUGCUCUCUUUGAUAUCUCAACUGGGUCUUGUCUGUUUGGGGGUUUCGUUCUUCUCGAAUACGAUUGCUCAAAGGAACGGCAUUGAAAGCAAGAGAGAACUUAAGCUUAAAGAAGAAGACGUUUUGCGAGCUGCUAGAGUUGUACUUCCGGCAGCAAAUUUUGCGAUUUCGAAAGCUAGAGAUCUGUUUUCGGGCGAACCAUCCAUGACCCUCAAAGUAGCACCAUUGUUGCUUCUUGGAUCCGAAUACGGUCAUAUAGUAACAUUCAAGAGACUUUUUGCACUCGGGUUCUUUAUCGGCUUUACCGGCCCAAAACUCUACUCGUUGUACUCGACUCAGAUACGCAAGAAAGGUGAACAUGUGAAGUUGAGGACACUAGAAGCAUGGGGAGGUUGUUCUCACAAGAAAAUAGUUGCAGCAUCAGCCGUCACCGCAUUUUGGAAUCUCACAUCGCUCAAAACCCGCAUUUUUGCAGCGUUCAUAUGUUUGGUGAUGUUUCGAUGGCAUAGGCAACGGAUGCCAUGGAAACUUGAAGCAGAGGAGGAGGUAAGUCAACAACACCAAGAGAAGGCGUUGACUCUGGUUGAAAGUACAAAGGUUGACUAGAGAAGUUUGU